AUCCUCGUCAUGGCGCUGGCGGAGCCGGAGCGCGACUGCGGAGACUCGGGUUUCGCCGAGAUCCUCGAGCUGAACGUGGGCGGACAGGUGUACGUGACCCGACACAAGACGCUCGUCGCCGUCCCGGACUCGCUGCUGUGGAGCAUGUUCAGCAGGAAGUCCCCUAAAGAGCUGCCCCGCGACAGCAAGGGCCGCUUCUUCCUGGACAGAGACGGCUUCCUCUUCCGCUACAUCCUCGACUACCUGCGGGACCUGACCCUGGUGCUGCCGGACUACUUCCCAGAGAAGAGUCGGCUGCAGCGGGAGGCGGACUUCUUCCAGCUGCGGGAGCUCGCCAGGCGCCUGGGUCCCGCUCACAUGAGCAACUCCAUCAGCGAGGACACGGUCCACAGCGACCCGGAGGAGAGCGCGCAGCAGUGCGGCGGCGGCGGCGGCGGCGCGGCGUCCCUGCGCUCGCCCUCUCUGGACUGCAGGAAGUCAGGCUACAUCACCAUCGGCUACCGGGGCUCCUACACCAUCGGCAGAGACAUCCAGAGCGACGCCAAGUUCCGGAGAGUGGCGCGCAUCACCGUCUGCGGGAAGACCUCUCUGGCCAAGGAGGUCUUCGGAGACUCCUUGAACGAAAGCCGGGAUCCGGACCGACCCCCGGAGAGGUACACGUCCCGGUAUUACCUCAAGUACAACUUCCUGGAGCAGGCGUUCGACCGGCUGACCGAGGUGGGCUUCCACAUGGCGGCCUGCAGCUCCACCGGCACCUGCGCCUACACCAGCAACGACCCCGGCGAGGACAAGGUCUGGACCAGCUACACCGAGUACGUCUUCUGCAGGGACCAGUAGCCGAGCAGAGGAGACCACAAGUUACGUUGACACAUGGAGCUUUGGUGCGUGUUGCUGCCCACGUUCUGGGGGGAUUUUGUACAAUUGUAAAUGAAGAAUUAAAACUCCAGCUCUCACGAGUUUUGCGCGUGUUUUCUUUUCCUUCGUGAUGCUCGCGCUCUGAUUAAAGUUAAAAUGACUUUUACGACAAUGACAAGUUACAAGUUUUUUUUUUUUUUUUAAAAUAAAUGUAUUACUAUAAAAUUGUAAUAAAUUCUAAGAUUAUAUUGAUGCUACAAUAAAGAACACUUUUUGCGAA